UUAUCCUCUUCCUUCCUUCUUCCUCUCACGCCAUUACAGGGCUUCCCUUCCACGCCAUCACACUCAAACCGUCCCUCUCGGCAGAAGAAGACGUCUGCUCCCGCCGAAGCUCAAGUCCUAAGUCCGUCUUUCAGCGCGGCGGCCGGGCGCCAUGGAAGCUGUGCGCGGCAUCGAGUCCCUGGCUGGUGGAGAUGGCCGGCAUCAUGUUUCCCAUACCCUUGGGACGACCCUGCUGAUCUCGGUGGGGUACAUCGAUCUCGGCAAGUGGGUGGCCGCGGUUGAUUCCGGGGCUCGCUUUGGCUACGACCUCGUGCUACUGGUGCUCUUCUUCAACUUGUCCGCGGUUCUCAAUCAGUAUCUCUCAACUUGCAUCGGCAUGGUCACCGGCAAGAAUCUUGCACUGGGACUUUUUGGUGUAGGGACUAGAAAAAGUCCCUAGCAAACCAAACAGGGUGGGACUUUUUUGGGACUUUUUGCUAAAAGUCCUUAGAAGCAUCUCCUUGAGAGUCUUUUUCAAAAAGUCCCAGGGACUAGAAAAAGUCCUAGGACUAGAGAAACAAACACCACCUAACCAUGAUUUUGGGCAUAGCAGUUGGAUACAAUCUUGUAUUUGAUCAGGAUGAUUUUAUCACAGCCAUUAUUUUUGCAUGUCUUGUAAUUAAUGUGCUGCCAUAUAUUUUCUCCCCUAGGGACAAGAGGAUGGCUGGAACGUUAAAUGCAUGCAUAGCUGGCUUUACGAUUCUUUGUUUUGUGCUUGGUUUAUUAAUCAGUCAACCAGAGAUUCCCCUCCAUGUGAAUGUGAUGUUCCCUAAGUUGAGUGGUGAAAGUGCUUACUCAUUGAUGGCACUUAUGGGUACAAACAUAGUGUCCCACAAUUUUUAUGUACAUUCGUCCAUUGUUCAGGUUCAGAGGUCUCAUGUUCAUAGCCUCGGUGCCCUGUUUCAUGACCACCUUUUUUCUAUAUUAUUUACUUUUACUGGGGUCUUUCUUGUGAACUAUGUUCUGUUGAGCUCAGCAGCGGCGGAAUCUAGUCACAAUGUGAUCCUCACAUUUCAUGAUGCUGUAGAGCUAAUGAACGAGAUAUUUACGAGUUCCAUUGCACCACUUGUGUUCUUAGCAGUUCUUCUCUUUUCGAGCCACAUCAUCACAUUGACAUCUGUUAUAACUAGCCAUGUAGUCACUAAGCAUUUCUUUGGCACAAACUUGUCCCUAUUUGCGCAUCAUGUGCUACUUAAGAUUCUUGCCACGAUUCCUGCCAUCUAUUGUGCAAGAUUAGAAGGCUCUGAAGGGGUAUAUCAGUUAAUCAUUCUUUGUCCAGUAAUCCAGGCAUUUACCCUUCCUUCAUCGGUCAUUCCUAUUUUCCGCAUUGCCUCAUCAAUGUCAAUAAUGGGCAACUACAAGAUAUCUCUAUAUGUUGAAACAUUAGCCUUUAUUGCAUUCUGUCUUACGUUAUUUGUAAAUAUCAUCUUCGCGGCGGAAAUCAUGUUUGGUGAGAGCGCCUCGACAAACAACCUGAAAGGGAACACUGAAACCCCAGUGGUAAUACCACAUAGUGUACUGAUGCUCAUGUCUUGUGCAUCUAUUGCUUUUGCACUCUUCCUGGUUGUUACUCCACUAAAUUCAUCAAGUAGGGAAACUGAAACACAUGACUUGUGUGUGGACUCUUAGAGAGAAGCACCAGAAGAAAUUCAAAGGUCCUAAAACUCCUUAACGUCUGCCAACCUCAUGGAGUUAUAAACAACUGUGACAAGGCUAUUGUUUGUAUGUGCGGCGAGGUGGCUUUUGAAGAGAAAGUGAAUGUGGUUGCCUUUGUCUUGUUGGGCUACAUAUAUACCACUAUAUAGUGUGUGAAUAACUUUGAAUACCAGUCGUUGGAUAAACUCGAUCGAACUGCUAGGAUGUAGCAAAUCCGGACAUCACCAACGAGAUGUAUUCAGAUUGUGCCACGUGGUACUCAACCUACUUCAAGUUAACCGUCCAAAAUUGA